AGCUACACAUCCAGCUACACCGACGAAAUAGAGCAGCUUCUCGCUCGCUCUAUAAAUGUGCCCAGUUCUGUGUGCCAUUUCAACUGCGACCAUCAUUGCAAUACUUCCAGUUUUGUCCCUCCAGAUCCAGACGUGAUGAAGAAGCUCUUCUCGGCCCGGCUGAGCUUCCCGCUUCUUCUUCUUCUUUUAGGGCUGCUUCUGGCUCCCUAUUUCCAGCAGAUGGCCUCAGCUUCUGCAUUCUGUGAUGAAAAAUGCAAAGUGAGGUGUUCAAAGGCAGGCGUUCAGGACAGGUGCCUCAAGUACUGCGGGGUCUGCUGUGAGGAGUGCAAGUGUGUGCCCUCCGGCACCUAUGGGAACAAGGAUGAAUGCCCUUGCUACAGAGACAAGUACACCGGCGAAGGGAAGCGCCGCCGCCCAAAGUGCCCUUAAUCUCUUCAUCUUCUUCUGAUUAUUAAGAGCUUGGUUAGUUUGGUUGAAAUAUGUAGCAGUAUCAUGAAUGCUUGUGUUCGUUUGGGUUGAUGAAGAAUUUACUUAUAAGGAGUCAGCAGUGUUGUUGAAUAGAGAGAUGAGAGAGGAAAUAAACGUUGUGGUUUAGUCUAAUGUGUGUGUUGAUGAAUGAAGGAUUUUUUUUUUUUUUUUUUUACGUGUGUUUUAUGGAAUACUAUAUAUAUUUUUUUUAUUUUUGAUGU